UUCUAGUUUUUGGUUUUGUCAUGUGCAGUAAACCCCAUCAUACAAUUGCCACGGAUACAAUCUCUGUAGGUGAUUCUCUAAGUGGAGAUCAAACUAUCAUAUCACGGAAUGAUAGAUUUGUAUUGGGUUUCUUCAAACCAGGUACGUCUCAGAAUUACUAUAUAGGUAUUUGGUACAAAUUCUCAGUUGAAACCGUUGUUUGGGUUGCUAACAGAGAUGCACCUCUUCUUGAUUCAUUUUCUUCAAAGUUAACACUUCAAGAUGGGAACUUGGUUUUACUUAGUGAUUUUAAUAAUACACCAAUUUGGUCUACUAAUUUAGCUUCAAGUACUCUGGAUACAAUGGAAGUAGUUCUCGGUGAUGAUGGAAAUUUGGUUUUAAGAGAUCGUUCUAAUCAAAAUGUUGUGUAUUGGCGGAGUUUUGAUUAUCCAACUGAUACUUUGUUACCUGGUGGAAAACUUGGGUUCAAUAAAAAAACUAACCAAACUCAGCAGCUUACUUCGUGGAGAAAUCAAGAAGAUCCAGCCACGGGAUUUUACGGCCUAAAAUCAAAUGGAACAAAUCAGUAUUUUAUAUAUUGGAACAACUCCGAACUAUUCUGGAAUAGUGGGGAGUGGGAUGAAAAAUCAAAAAGUUUUGGUUCAGUUCCUGAUCUGAGAUUAAAUUCCAUUUACAAUUUUAGUUCUUUUAAUUUUACUUUUUACAACAAGUCUAUUAUUUCUAGAUUUGUUAUGGAUCUCUCCGGCCAAAUGAAGCAACUUACAUGGUCGGAAAGCAUGCAUAACUGGACUAUGUAUUGGGUUGAACCCAAACGAUUCUGUGAUGUCUAUGGUGUUUGUGGACCUUUUGGCAACUGUAACCAGGAUACUCAGAAGUGUGAGUGUUUGCCGGGUUUUACCCCACGAUCUCCUACUAAUUGGAGUCUCCAAGAUUCAUCUGGGGGGUGUGUAAGAAGCACGCCAUUACAAUGUGGGAGUAAGGAUGUGUUUUCACCAAUCCCAACCUCAAAAUUGCCUGAUAACCCCCAGCUGUCUACAGAAAUCACUAGCGCGGAAGCAUGCAAAUCAGCUUGCGAGGCUAAAUGUUCCUGCAAUGCUUACAACUUUGACCACCAGUGUCAAUGUUGGGAUGGAGUUAUAAUGAACUUCAAUCAACUUGCAUCGCCUGGGAGACCAGCAACUUUCUACACCAGACAUGCAGCUACCGAAAUUCGCAGUCCUGUACCUGUAUCUCCUGCUGGAGUCAGAAAGAGAAAUACUCUAGUGCUGAAGAUCAGCAUACCUGUGUUCAUUUUGGUGGCAACUAUCAUGGGCGUCUUAGGAUACAUUUACCUGUUCAAGAGAAUUAAGGCUAAUAAAAGAGGGGUGUUGACUGAAUUACUGAAAUCCAAGGCUACUUACAAGGACUCUCCAAAUACAAACAUGUUUGAUGAUGGUAAAACAGAAGGAGAAACACAGGAAUUGCAAAUAUUCAACCUCGGUUGUUUAACCCUUGCUACAAACAACUUCUGCUUGAAAAAUAAGUUGGGAGAAGGAGGUUUUGGGCUAGUUUAUAAGGGUAAACUACAAAACGGGCAGGAAAUAGCAGUGAAAAGACUGUCUACAAACUCUGAACAGGGUAUUGAAGAGUUCAAGAACGAGGUUGUAUUAAUCUACAAGCUUCAACACCGUAACCUUGUGAAACUGUUGGGUUGUUGCGCUGAAGGAAAAGAAAACAUGUUAAUUUAUGAGUACAUGCCAAAGAGAAGCCUGGAUGCAUUUCUAUUUGAUCCAAGGAACAAAGCACAGCUAAAUUGGGAUAAGCGCUUUGAUAUUAUUGGAGGGAUUGCUCGGGGCCUUCUUUACCUUCACCGCGAUUCUCGUUUGAGAGUUAUUCAUAGAGAUCUGAAAGUCAGUAACAUUUUACUGGAUGAUAACAUGACCCCAAAAAUUUCAGACUUUGGAAUGGCACGGAUAUUUGGUGGUGACCAAAUUAUAGCUAAUACUAGCAGGGUUGUUGGUACAUUUGGUUACAUGUCUCCCGAGUACAUAAUGGGAGGAAAAUUUUCAGAAAAGUCGGAUGUGUUUAGUUACGGAGUGUUGAUACUAGAAAUUGUGAGCGGUAAGAGAAAUAACAGCUUUUACAGUCCUGAACAACCUGUAAACCUCCUACUUCAUACUUGGAGUCUUUGGAAUGAAGUCAAGUGGUCAGAGGUUGUUGAUGAGGCUUUGGGUUGUUCGUAUUCUCCAUCAGAAGUGAUGAAAUGCGUACAUAUUGGUCUGCUAUGCGUUCAGAACAGAGCAAUAGAUAGGCCAACCAUGGCUGAAGUGGAUACCAUGCUUGGCAGUGAAACUGGUCGUCCAGCUCCGAAAGAACCUCCGUAUUCUUCCCCAGGAUCAUCAGAUAAGUCUGGUUUUCAACCGAUUCACUGCUCAAAUAACAAUUUCACUAUAACAACGGUUGAAGGUCGAUAGGAUGAUCAGUAAUCUAUCCCUUGCACAUUUGAAUAGGUUAUAUAAACAAGGCCACUAGGGUACAGAAAAUUGUUGGAACUCGAGAAAAUUGCAUUGUCAUGUGUUCAAGAAAAUGUUGCUGAAAGGCCCGCAAUGCCAUGGAUCGUUCACACUCUCAAUAAUUACACUUACUCUUGCAGCAUAUUUAAUGCAUUCUGGAUUGUCAUUGUGUAAUAACAGAACAGAACCCAAUAUCCAUCUCUUCUCAAGAUGCUGAAAAUGGGAGUGCUAAUGUGAACUGAAUGGAUUAUUUAUUAGCAAAAUUUGGGAGGUCAGAUGUUUAUUAUUUGGAUUAUUGGCCAUGAAUGUAUCCUAAUUUUAUUUUGCAA